UACAUUUCCCAUGAAUCACUUCCCCCAAAGCACCUAGGGUUGGAUUGUUCCUCUUAAGUAAGGUAUAGCUUUGUAAAAGAAAGCCUUUUUAAGAGAAUUGCGAAAUGAGUUCCAGUGAGGAUCAUCAACACGGGACAAAAAGACCGGCGUCUCCGAACGAACACGGGUCCAGCAGCUGGGAUUCGGUGGAUUUAGGUACCGACGAGCGGAAACAGAAGUUUUUGAGACUAAUGGGAGCAGGAAAGAAGGAGCACACAGGACGCAUUGUUAUCGGAGACCACAAAUCAACUUCACAUUUCAGAACAGGGGAGGAGGAUAAAAGAAUGAAUUCAGAGCUAGAACACCAGUAUCAACAAGGCCUGGAUGGAAAACUCUCAGGGAGGAAUAAGAGGCAUUGUGGCCUAGGCUUCAGUGAGCCCGAUUCGCCUGAAGAGACCCAGAGCACGGCAGAGUCAGAAAAACAGGGCAGUCCAAAGGGCUCUAUAAAUAAACCCGAAUCAAAGGAAGAGACUUCAUCAGAACAAGAGGAGCCCAGUAAACAGGACGAUCACACAGAAGACUGUGCAGACAGCAAAAAGGAAGAGAAGAAGAGUGGUUAUAAAAUGACAUUUGUGAAGGCUUCGUAACUGGUCACAAAAUGCUGUGUCUUUUUAAUUCGUUAAACUACUUUAUACUAUAUACAUGUUGUUUUCAGCACACCAUUUCCCAGACAUCUGUUGGAAUUUCUUAGUUUGCAAAUAAAAAUCAAGUCAUUUUCAUUUUCAAUACUGCUGGCCUGCGUCUUCAAGGUAAUUACUCCCCUCUGUCCCCUAAUUAUUGAGUCUGCUGCAUCAACAGGGGAACGAGGGGAGCAUGUGUAUAUUUUUUUUAACUCUUUUCUGGAAUAUGCAUACGAAGAACAUUUUGUAAAGAAUUAGUGUGCAUGGCAUUCAUUACAUGUAACAGAACAGGGAUGAAUUAGCAUAAUAGCUCCUUUUACAUUCUCUUUGAAGUCCAUAGAGGAGAAUAACAAAUGUAUAUGAACUACCAGCCAAACAUCAAUAAAUGGAAAUACCCAAAA